CAGAUUUUGAAGACACUGAAACAAAGCGGCGUGACGUCAUAUACAUAUAGAUUAAAAUUUUUCAUUCUUCGUUUGCGUGAUCUGAUUUUGACAUGUUCUUGUUUGACAUUUAAUGUCGAACUCAAACCGAAAUCGUACGCUUUUGAAAGGUUCUAUGAUAAAGGAAGACUCACCAGAGGAUGGUUUGUAUUCGCUGGAGAAACUGCGUACUUCCCCUGAAUUAUGGCCUGAAAAAAUUCCAGGUAUAAGUAAUUUCAUCGCAAUGAGUGACACCCCCAUACGGACACCAGUACCUCAGUGGUCGAAAGACCUCUCGCAGGAAGACAUAAAUGCUAUGAUACAGCUAAGCAAUAUGCCGUUUAGUAGUCUGAUUAUGGAGAUAAAGAAAAUGUACGAUGAAGCAUAUCAGUUAGGUGUUUCCGAGGCCAAAGAAAUGACACGUGGCAAAUAUUUGGGAAUUUUCAAUAAUGCAAAAAAGAAAUCUAUAUGAUAUAAAAAUUUCACUUAAUUUUAGUUUGAUUCAAAUAUUUGCAAUCGUUUUAAAAAUAAUAGAUUUAUACAAAAUAGUUUUUAUAGUGACAACACUACUAGACUUUUACGAGUACAAAUGCAUUAUUAUUAGCAAAAAAAAAAAAA